GGCGAUGUCUCGCGCUUCAAGGCUGGCGAGUUCCUUGCGUCGCUAGUGUGCCUCAUCCCGGUGCAGCUCGGCAUCACGCGCGACAAUCGCUUCGUCUCGUUCUACGACGGCAUCAACGACCCGGAGUUCGAGCAGUCGCUGCUUGGCGCUUCUGCGCAGCACAUCGCAUCACGCUUGUCGCUUGGCCAUCUCGAGUCGAUCCUUGGCAACCUCUACAGCACCGCCGACGUCAAGGUUGUCUCGAGUCUGGGAGAGCAGUCAACAGGCAAGAGUUUCGCACUCAACCACCUGCUCGAUACGUUGUUUGAAGGCGCAGCGACGCGCACAACCGAGGGCGUCUGGAUGAGCGUGGUACCAAGCAGCGGCGCAACUGUCUACGUCGUGCUUGACUUCGAAGGCGUGCAGUCUGUCGAGCGCUCAGUGCAAGAGGACGCCUUGCUCGUGCUAAUGAACGCCGCAAUUUCCAACCUCGUGAUCUAUCGGAACUCCUUCUCGCUGUCGCGCGAGAUUCGCACUCUCUUCGGCGCUUUCCAAGCCUCUGCCGGCAUCCUGAACCCGACGGCCAAUCCGGAGCUGUUCCGCGGAAGCCUUGCCGUCGUCAUCAAGGAUGUGAUGAUGUCGGACCGUGACGAGGCAGCAGCCGAGUUCUACCGCCGCUUCCAGAGCAUCGUGGCCACGGAGCAGGGCGGCAACUUCGUCUCCAGGCUCUUCGGAGGCAAGCUCGCAAUCGUGCCGUGGCCUGGCCUGCAGGACCCUGCGUUCUACUCUGAGUUCGGCUGUCUCGCAGAGCUCCUCAACGCAGCCGAGGUGUCUCACCCGCCCGGAGGCGCCUUUCUGCGCACGCUCAAGACGCUGAUGGCGCAGAUUCAGAGCUUUGACUGGACUCCCAUCGGUGCGUCGGUGCGCAAGAACCGCCUCGCGCAGCUCAGCGAGCACCUGGAGAGCGCAUUGAUUCUUGGAGGCGUCCCAAGCACCGUCGAGCCGGCCGUUCUCGAGCCGCUGAUGAAUCUCGACACUGAUGAGCCCAUCAACGAGGACCAUUCUCAAUUCUCGCUG